CAGACCUCCGUUAAUCCUGGCAUGUCCCAGAUGAGCGGCUAUGACUGUCAUCAUUUUCACUGUCUCUGUGCUUUGCCUGCUGCCUCAGGCGGUGCUGGCACGGUGGGCUUGUGUUCGCGCCUGCCCACCAUCCUGCACCUGCACGCAGGAGAAGAGCUGCAGCGUGCUCUGCGACCGCUCCGGCCUGGCUGAGCUGCCCAAAGAGUUUCCGUGUGAGGCCUCCGCCAUCAACCUGGACAAAAACAGGCUCAAGUUCUUGUCAGAAAGGGCCUUUGGUACCCUGCCCUCCCUCAAGUCUCUCUCUCUGGACCACAACAACAUCUCCUUCAUUACCCCAGGAGCCUUUAAGGGCCUCUCUAACUUGGUGGAGCUGAAAAUGGCGCACAACGAGUACAUCAGCUACCUUCACACACGAACUUUCACAGGGCUGAAGAAGCUGGUGCGCCUCGACUUGUCCGACUGUAACCUGUUCAGCAUCCCUGAUCGUAUCUUUAUAGAGCAAACGGCACUGAAGGAGCUGCUCUGCUUCCAAAACAACUUCAGGAGGAUCCCGGGGGCCAUUAGAGGCAUGGAAAACCUGACUCACAUCUAUCUGGAGAGAAACAAGAUAGAGGCAGUGGCCUACAACUCCCUGCUGGGCCUGGGUAGCCUCAAGUACCUGAACCUCCAGGAGAACCGCAUCAACGUGAUCCAUGAGCAGGCCUUCCAGGACCUUACGCGGCUGGAGAACCUUUACCUCAAUGACAACUUGCUGUCUGAUUUGCCCAAGCUCGCCUUCAAAGGCCUCAGCCGGCUCAAGAUGCUCAACCUCGGGGGUAACCAGUUGACCAACCUGUCCAAGACCUGGUUCAGUGACCUGGUGGAGCUGGAGGUCCUGUACCUAGACAGGAACCAGCUGCUAUACAUCGAGGAGGGCACUUUUGAGAACCUGACCAGCCUAAUCACCCUCCACCUGAACAGCAACAAUCUUACCACCCUUCCCUUCCCUGUUUUCCAGCCCAUCUACUUCCUGGGCCGGCUUUACCUCUUCAGAAACCCCUGGGAGUGCGACUGCUCCCUUGAGUGGCUGAAGGAGUGGAUGGAAAACUACAAGCUAGUGCGGGACAUCCCCUGCGCUUCACCUUCCUCUGUGGCCGGACUGGAUCUCGGUGAGGUGGUCUUCGCCAAGGUGAACGGCACAUGUGUGGACCCCGGCGAUCUCAACCUAACUACGGCCUCCUCGGAGAUCGCCUCCACCACAGAGAACCGCUUCAAAAGCCUCAUUUUCACACUGAUCCACACGGAGUUCGGGGAUCAGAUGGGGAACGGCACAGAGAGCCUCCGCAACGGCACCCUGAUUGAGAGCGAGGAUGGGCAGCUCUCUGCAGGGGUCACAGGUCAACGGGCCUGGCCAAGCGAGUCUCUUUUUUGCUUCGUUGUGAUGUGGCUCAGCUUGGGUUUGAUUGGCCAGUCAGAUCUUUUUUUCUCUCUGUACUGCACGUGAGAACAGUGGAGAUGAGAUCUGCUUCAUGACCCACAUGAGGAACAUGGGAAGCUCCCGAGAUAAAAGAUGGUUUUAUUUAUUCAUGCGAAUAUAAAAGGGUUGCUAUUCAUGUUUG